AUGAAUCCGAUCAUCGGUACGGAUCAGACCGACACUUGCUUCUGGAGGCGCGUCCUGACGGUGUACCACGGCUUCAAACCAGAAGACAGUGCCCUCCUUGAUGAAGGCCAGAUCCGGAAGAAGUUCGGCCGAAUCUGUAGAGCUGUGAAGAGGUUUAGUAGCAUUUACGAGCGGCAACUCCAUAAUGCCGAAAGCGGCCGCAGCGAAGCCCACGUACGGGCGUUAUCGUAUCAGUUGUUUAAUACUGAAAACUGGCCCAAGUUCACCUACUGGAAUGAAUAUAUGCUUCUCCGAGACUGCCCUCAAUUCAAGGCGAUCUGCGAUGAUGAGACCGGUCCCACCGGGAAGCGGACAAAACUCCGUGUCGACGGCACCUACAGAAGUGGUAGCGACACACGUGCAUUCGACCUGAAUGACGAUGUGUUGGAUGCGCCCCCCUUGACAAUGUCGAGGCGCCAACGCCCGCAGGGCCAACAAUCCGCCAUCCGGGAAGCUAGAACCGCAUCCCAAGUCUCUGCUGCGAGCGCGUCGGCACCGCGUUCAUCACCGACUGCGGCGUUGGCUCAAACACUGGAGGUGCAGAUGAUGAAGCAACUUGGGGAUAACUUGUCCUUGUACGAGAAGUCGACAAACCCUCUCACCAAGAAGAUGUGCUACGACCUCAUUAUUAGAUUGAGGUCGAAGUUGGGGUGGACCGAUGGGUAG